AUUCCUGCGCUCCAGGGGUGCUGUAUUUGGCUCCAGUCUUUUAGUGCGGCGGUCGUGCUUUGAAGUUUAAGAUGUCAGGCUACACCGCAGGCAACAUGACCACCGCUGACCGCAUUCUUGCGCAGCCAGAGUUGCUCCGAAAAAAUGAUGCGUGGCGCCUUGACAAGGACCUUAUGAAGCAAGUCUUAGGGCGACAGGGUCAACUGCUCCGUUUGGCCAGCGAAGAAGUGAGGGCAGAUCCCGAUUUGGUCCUCACAGCCGUUGUGAACGAUGGUGACGCUUUGCAGUUUGCUGACGAGUCCUUGUGGAAGAACCCUCGCUUUGUGCGCUCCGUCUUGGAUGUAAACGGCAUGUUGUUGCACUAUGCCCCGGAGAGCGUCCGAAGUUCGCGCGACGUCUUAAAGGCCGCUGUGUCUUCCUCGGGCGAAGCCUUGCAAUAUGCCUCCGACGAGUUGAAGGCGGACAAGACCCUGGUGGCCUGUGCCGUGCAACGCCACGUGACGGCCCUGGACUUUGCGGCUGAAUCCCUACGCCGCGACCGUUCAUUCCUGGAGCCAUUGAUGGCGAAGACCCCACGCGUCUUGGGCCAUGCCUCCGACAAGUUGCGUAGCGACAAGGACUACAUGUUCUCCUUGAUUCAAAAGGACGAGAAUAUGCUACAGUAUGCUUCAGAUGAGCUCCGAGCAGACAGGGACUUCAUUCUGAAGGUGGUACAGAUCAAAGGAGAUGCCAUCCGCCACGCCUGGCACACCCUGUGGGAGGACCACGAGGUGAUCUUGGCUGCUGCCAAGCAGGAUCCAAGGGCCAUCCGACAUGCUGGGAAGGCUUCUUGGAACAACCGCGACUUCGUCUUGGGGAUGGUCACGAAGAAUUGGCGUGACUUGAGGCACGCCUCUGAGAAGUGUCGAGGAGAUCGAGAUAUUGCACGGGUGGCGAUCAAGCAAGAUCCACAGGCUCUCCAAUUUGUGGCCGAUGAGCUCAAGGAGGACCCCGAGAUCGUUUAUUGGGCUUAUCAGCAGGACGAGCGCGCGGCUGAACAGUACGCCAGUGCAUCCGUUUUCGCUGAGAGGAGUUUCGCCCUUGCGGCUGCGGGGGUUCGGGUGCCACCGGAAUGGGUCUUGGCGUAGAGCUGGAGCCCGGCCAACUGCUAGUUCUGGGCUUAAUAACCUCAAAACUGAAGUGUCG